ACUCCUGUUACAAUGUUAACACAGGAAGAUCAUUUUUCUAACCAUGCCUUUUGCGAAGUCGCCUUUAAUUCGCUUAACGGGCGGCGCUGUGAAACAGUUUAACCAGUGGGUGUUGCAUGUGUGUUUUUUUUUUCCCUUCCCCAGAGAUGAAUGGAUAGGGUUGGUUGUCGUUGGGUAGGUUUUUGAAUAAGUCUCUCUCUCUCUCUCUCUCUCUCUGUCCACAGCCCUGGUUUUUAAACCUCUUCCAGUCGACUCGCCUUUCGGAGUGGGAUUAAAAUGAGGAAGUUGAUUGUGAUCCUGAAGUUUGUGAUUGUGGGCGCAAGUUUGUUUUUCCUAUUUGUGAUCUACAAUCAAAUAAAUCCCAGGCUUACGUCGACACCUGUGGACAGUAAACUGCGGGAGGUGAAGUUACUUAAUGUUACAGACAAGAAGCUGAACGCUUUUGAGAAGUCGGAUGAACCCAGCGUUGAGGUGAACUUUUGGUACAGCUUUAAAAACAAGGAAACGGGGGAUAGAGGGAAUGCAAUGAAAAAUAUCUCCGGCACGCAUACCACGUCAAAACCUACAAAUCGGAAAAGCACCACCACGCCUUCGUACCUCGGAGAUUGGUAUCCAACCGAUAUCCCCUACCUUCAAACACAAUGCCCCGAGACAGCGAGAAGUCGACUGGUGAAAGUGGAAGAGUAUGCAGAUAUUUUUGUGGGAAACGUACCCGUUCUGCAGUGGAGUAAGCACGUGACUGAAAAGGCGUACCAGAGGCUGAAGCAUUAUAACGGUGCUCACGGCUGGGGUGUGAUCAGUUAUGAAGACCUAAAAGACACGCUGAGCUAUCUCAACACGACCGCAAACAUUGUCCUGUUUGAUGACUGGGAGCGAAGGUCAAACAAGACUUCAGUCUGCAUUCGCUGUGCGGUGGUGGGCAAUGGUGGCAUUCUCAACGGCUCUCGGAAGGGCAAGGAGAUUGAUGGCCACGACUAUGUAUUCAGAGUGAAUGGAGCCAUUAUUAAAGGAUUCGAGCAAGAUGUGGGAAGUAGAACUUCGUUUUAUACGUUUUCCACAAACACGAUGAGGAAUUCUCUGAACGCAUAUCACCGUGUGGGGUACACGGCCCUGCCACAUUCUGCGGAGACCAGGUACAUUUUUCUCCCAGAUCACAAUCGAGAUUAUUACCUGGUGAAAGCUGCAAUAACAAACACAGCCAUAACGAAGGGCCGAGACAAAUCACAAAGUCCACCUACUUACUUUGGAACGAAUGGAAAGGCGGAAAAAUUCAAGAUGUAUCAUCCGGACUUCAUCCGAUACGUACGGAACAGGUUUUUGAAGGCAAACAUUUUGAACUCGCGUCACCGUAACAUUUACCGCCCAAGUACCGGCGCAACCAUGCUGUUGGCUGCGAUCCAUUCAUGCGACCAGGUCACGGCCUAUGGCUUCAUGACGGAAGAUUAUGCGAACUAUUCUGACCAUUAUUUUGACCGGGUCUACCACAGAGUGGUGUUCUACUCGAACCACGACAUGAAAAUGGAAAUGCGAUUGUGGAGAAAACUCAAUGACUAUAAAGUAAUUAAUCUCUACACCAGAAAAAAGAAUGGGGACAAAAUGAAGAGAUGACACGAUACAACACAAAAUACUGUGCGGGGUUUUUUUCUUUUCUGAAGAAAUU